AUGCCGGGAGCGUCCGGGCAGCCGGAGACGCAGAAAGAAGAGCCUCCGCAGCCGGACGGGGAAGAGGGGCGCGCUCUGCCUCCCGGCGGCCGCCGGCGGCCCCCACCCCCUUCCAGUGUCCCCGUCGACCAAGAGGAGGAGGAGUCUGGCGGCAGUCGGGUGCUCCGGGGGGGCCGCGAGCGGGGCCGGGCCGCCGCCGCAGCCGCCGCCGCCGCCGCCUCACGGCGAAGGAAGGCCGAGUACCCCCGCCGCCGCCGCAGCAGCCCCGCCGCCAGGCACGACCAAGAUCCCGAGGAACCGCCGCCCGGCCCUGAAGGAGAACCGCCGCCAACCGCCCCCCCUCUUGGGGCCGCCUGCAGGAAGGCGACUCCCCGCGGCGCGUACCUGGAAAAAGCUGCUGUGAAAGAUCCCAAAGAAGAAAAGGAAGAGGAAGAAGUCACAAAUAUUAUUGCUCCUGGUAUCCCAGUCAAUACAGCCAGGCCCACCCGAGGUUGGCGUAGCAACAGGGCAGCUCCUGCGGUUCGCCAGUGUGAAGCAGAGAAUUCACGCAGUUCUAGAUCCAAGACUGGAUCCCUGCAACUCAUCUGCAAGUCGGAACCAAACACAGACCAGCUAGAAUUUGAAGUCACAGAAGAGCAUCCUUCUCCAUCUGGAACCAGUGAUGAAGAAGAAAUGCUCAUCAGUGAAGAAGAAGUUCCCUUCAGAGAUGAUCCAAGAGAUGAAACCUAUAAACCCCAUUUAGACAGGGAAAUUCCAAAACAAAGGAAAAAAUCAGGGAAGGGAAAAGAAGAAAAAGAGAAACCGAAAGAAAUUAAAGUAGAGGUAGAAGUCAAAGAAGAAAGUGAAUUUCGGGAAGAUGAGGAGCCACCCAGGAAGAGAGGAAGACGGAGAAAAGAUGACAAGAGCCCAAGACUACCCAAAAGGAGGAAGAAGCCUCCAAUACAGUAUGUUCGCUGUGAGAUGGAAGGAUGUGGUACAGUUCUUGCUCACCCUCGGUAUCUACAGCAUCACAUCAAGUAUCAGCACUUGCUGAAAAAGAAAUAUGUCUGUCCCCAUCCCUCCUGUGGGCGGCUCUUUCGACUCCAGAAGCAACUUUUGCGGCAUGCCAAACACCACACAGAUCAAAGGGAUUAUAUCUGUGAAUAUUGUGCUCGUGCUUUCAAGAGUUCUCAUAAUCUGGCAGUUCACCGAAUGAUCCACACGGGCGAGAAGCCACUACAAUGUGAGAUAUGUGGAUUCACCUGCCGGCAGAAGGCGUCAUUGAACUGGCACAUGAAAAAGCAUGAUGCGGAUACCUUUUACCAGUUCUCAUGCAAUAUCUGUGGAAAGAAGUUUGAGAAAAAGGACAGCGUUGUAGCACAUAAGGCAAAGAGCCACCCAGAGGUGCUUAUUGCUGAAGCGCUGGCGGCCAAUGCAGGCGCCCUCAUCACCAGCACUGACAUCUUGGGCACCAAUGCAGAGUCAAUUGCCCCGGCCACAGAUGGCCAGGGCCUUCCCCUUCUUCCAGAUCCCCUUGGAAACGCCACUCCUGGAGAGUGUCUGCUGCUGAACCCUGAUGAGAUGCCUAAGGCAUACUGCAGUGGGGGUGACCGUGUCAGUUUGAUGGCAGAUGGAAAAAUCUUUGUGGGCGGCAGUAGCAGUGAGAGUACGGAAGGACUGGUCAUGAACACAGAGAUCCUUGGAGCCACCACUGAAGUUCUAAUUGAAGAUUCUGAUUCUACGGGACCUUAGUGGGAAAAGAGCACAUGGGUGUUGGGACAACUCGAACUUGUAUUUAAAAGAAUAAAAGGAAAAAAACAUUAUUCAACAUAGAGAAGCUAAACAAAUUAAAAUUACUAGUCAAAUAACAAAAGGGCCUGCUCCCCCUCUCACCCACCCCCUCCUGAGUGGAUCACUGCACAUUCUUUCAGAGUCCCUUGGAGAGGAAUGUUGCCUUUACCCAGACAGUCUGACAAAGGAAUUCUUACAAUGCAGUGAAGGGAAGCAGCCAGAGCCUAUCCCUCUCCCUGCCCUCUCAAAGUAAGCAAACUUCCUGCUUCUUGACCACGUUGCAAGUUUGAAGGUGUUUGUGCUGUGGACAAGUAUCUGAAUCUUGGAAUCCUCUUUUGUUUUUGCAGUCACUCAUCCUGGUCUAUGCAUUAUUACACUUUGGCCCUUGCAGGCUGUUACUUUUCCUUCUAGGGUUUGGGAAUAUAGCUUGGCACUUUAGGACCCCCUCGGCAGGAUGAACUGUAAAACAGCAAAUAUCUCUUUCUCUCAUCCUUCCCUUCUGCUUCUGUAAGGAAAGAGGGGAUACCAGCACUCUGAUGGUGCCUGCUUUCUUAUUGAGGGGUGCCAUCCUUUUUGUACAAUUGCUCUGGCUGCAACAGUGUGUGUGGGAGAGGCAGUGAGAAUGUGUGCUAGGCUGGUAAAAGUAAAUUUGCACUUUGAACAUGUCUUGGUUUUGUUU